AUGAGUGUUCUUCUCUCUACCUUCUUCCAUCAUCACUCAUGGAAGACUCUAAUCCUCGCGAGCCAGCGCUGCAAAACAUUGCGACAAAUCAAAUCAACACACGCGUCAUUCAUCAUCCACAACCUCCACCGCAACACCUACGCCGUCAGCAAACUCCUCACCUCUCUUCUCCCUCUUCCAAAUCUGAACAAACACUUCCCUUACGCUUCCCUCAUCUUCGACUCUAUCCAAUCCCCCAACGCCUUCGUUUACGACACGAUGAUAAGAAUCUGCUCUCGAAGCUCUCAGCCUCACUUGGGCGUACGCUAUUUCAAACUAAUGCUAACUGAAGAGGACGAUGAAGAUGACAUAGCUCCAAGUUACCUCACGUUUCAUUUCUUGCUCGUCGCUUGUUUGAACGCUUCGUUGCUCUCUGUGUGUAAGCAAGUCCAUUCCUUGGUGGUUAAAAAUGGUGUCUUUGUGUCGGACGGUCACGUACAGACUGGAAUCUUGAGGCUUUAUGUGGAAGAUGGAGUUUGUUUGUCAGAUGCACGGAAGGUGUUCGAUGAAAUUCCUCACCCGGAUGUUGUGAAGUGGGAUGUUUUGAUUAACGGGUAUGUUAAAUGCGGUUUGGGAUCAGACGGUUUGAGUGUGUUCAGGGAGAUGUUGAGUAGAGGGAUAGAGCCGGAUAGAUUCUUAGUUACCACGGCGUUAACUGCUUGUGCACAAGCUGGGGCUCUCACUCAGGGGAAGUGGAUUCAUGAGCUUUUGGAGAAGAAGUGGGUUGAGUCUGAUGUGUUUGUAGGGACGGCGCUUGUUGACAUGUAUGCUAAGUGUGGUUCCCUAGAGAAGGCUAUGGAAGUCUUUGAGAAGUUGAGUAAGAGGAAUGUCUUCUCAUGGGCUGCGUUGAUUGGUGGAUACGCGGCUUAUGGUUAUGGUAAGGAAGCUAUCACGUGUUUGGAGAAGAUGGAGCGAGAGGACGGUGUUAAGCCUGAUAGUGUAGUUCUUCUUGCGGUCUUAGCCGCUUGUGCUCACGGAGGGUUUCUUCAAGAAGGCAGAGGGAUUUUAGAUAAUAUGGAAGGUCGAUAUGCAAUCACUCCAAAGCAUGAGCAUUACAGCUGUAUUGUUGAUUUGAUGUGCAGAGCUGGGAGAUUAGAUGAGGCGGUUGAACUUAUUGAAGAGAUGCCCAUGAAACCGCGUGCAUCUGUUUGGGGGGCUUUACUGAAUGGUUGCCGAACGCACAAGAAUGUUGAGCUAGGAGAACUAGCUGUUAAGAAUCUUCUUGAGUUAGAGAAAGGUAAUACUGAUGAAGAGGAAGCAGCUCUUAUUCAACUAUCUAGUAUUUACAUGACUGCUCAGAGAAACGACGAGGCGUCUAAGAUUCGUCAGAUGAUUGGCCAGAAGGGGAUAAGAAAGGCACCGGGAUGCAGUGUAUUAGAGGUGGAUGGAAAUGGUACAAAAUUUGUCUCGGGAGAUGCGUCACACCCGAAUCUGCUGGAAAUACACACAUUGAUUCAUCUCCUAUCUGUUGAUGCGUUGCAGAUUCUGUAGCACUCACUUGAUAACCCGCAAGUCUUAUCAGAGGACGCUCUUGAGUUCUCUUGUUUCUACAGACUGUCUUUUAAGCGUAUUGAACCCACAACAGGCGUUGGAGGGCUGUCCAAAGGCUAUGUGGGUAUGGAGAUAAGAGUACUUUUGAAGGAACGGGAGGAGUUUCUGAACAUGCUGCAGUUCUAUAUCAUAGUAGAGGGAGUCAUUGGACUCCCCGAAGUAGGAGCUGGAAACUUAAGCAAGGCCUUAGAAAAAUGAAAUCUGAAUCUUUCACAAGAGCCUCUGAGAGCGUUAUAAAGAAUUGUUUGAUUCAGACUUAAUGGUAUCUGGAGAGUGGAAGAGAAGUGCAUGAGCGAAAAAGGAACAAAACAGAAGCUUCAGUUGAAAAUUAUGGCAUUUGGGCACACCUGGAGUAGAGAGAUUUGAGACCCUUGAAUGUGAAAAAGCUGAAUACAUGAUGUAACCGGUGACUGAUAAGGGCAUUUGUCUAGUCUUCGCACAGGAACACUAGUUUGACCAGCAUAUUACCGAGAUACACAGUAGCAGAAACCAAAAGUAUUUGGUCUUGGCCCUCUUUGUUGCUUCAAGAUGUGCUUGCGUCAUCCCCUGUAGACUUUCAAAAACCACAACCUCUUCAGUUAUAUUUGAUUCUAGGUAUCCAUACAACAAAACUGGAACUAUUAUGUUGACAUCAGCGUCUAAUUUAUGUCCUGGUUCUUCAUUGUGUGCGGUUUUGGAUAGUUAGAAAAUAUAGAAUCAGGAAAAGAAAACUAACCUUUUGAAGAAGACGAAGGGA